CCCAUGUCCUCGGCCAUCGAGAGGAAGAGCCUGGACCCGUCCGAGGAGCCGGUGGACGAGGUGCUGCAGAUGCCCCCGGCCCUGCUGACAUGCGGCGGCUGCCAGCAGAGCAUCGGGGACCGCUACUUCCUGAAGGCCAUCGACCAGUACUGGCACGAGGACUGCCUCAGCUGCGACCUGUGCGGCUGCCGGCUGGGCGAGGUGGGCCGGCGCCUCUACUACAAGCUGGGCCGCAAACUGUGCCGCAGGGACUAUCUCAGGCUCUUCGGCCAAGACGGCCUCUGUGCGUCCUGUGACAAGCGUAUCCGCGCCUACGAGAUGACGAUGCGGGUGAAGGACAAGGUCUACCACCUGGAGUGCUUCAAGUGCGCCGCCUGCCAGAAGCACUUCUGCGUGGGCGACCGGUACCUGCUCAUCAACUCUGACAUCGUGUGCGAGCAGGACAUCUACGAGUGGACCAAGGUCAAUGGGAUGGUCUAGGCCGUGGCUCCGGGGGGUCUUCCUCUCCCGGGGCUGGAGGACGGGCCGGGGGCUUCUUAGGGGACGGCUGACCUGUCCCGGGCGCCGAGACUUAGCGCACGGGACAGGAUGCCAGGGCCCGGACUCAGGGGCACAGGACUGUCCUUGGGAGGAUGAGGGCCACCGCCGUCCAUUGUCACCAACAUGAUUAGCUGGAGGAGGGACAUGGAGGGCCGAGCGCGCGCCGUGAUGCCCUGAGUGUCCCAUCUGCACGUGGAGUGGUCGUGUGGAGACUUGCUACAAUGACCUGGACCUUGGCUGGCUGGAGAUGGCAAGUGAUUUCUCUUCUCCUAGCUGUUGUGACAACCCUGUUCCAGUCGCUGUCCUCCACAGGGAGGGACAGAGAGGAGUGGGCACUCUUUUUCCUUGGCCACUUUCCCAAGGCCUUAAGCUUUGGACCCAGGAAAACUGCAUGGGGACACAUUCCAGUUGAGAAUAGAAAACACAACUUUUAACCAAACCAUUAUUUAAAGCAAUGCUGAUGGCUCGCCAUUUCCAGACACCUUCGUUUUGCGGUGAGGGGUUCCACAGAUUGCUUCUAUACAAAUAUAAAUCUCAAAAAAAGUUGUUCAACUAUUUUAUUAUCUUAGAUUAUAUCAAAGUAUUUGUUGUGUGUAGGAAAAAACACUCUGCAGACUUAAUAAAAAUGACAGACUAAAGCCCA